GUAACCAAAUCCCCUCUAAUUAACUUUAAAUAUGAUUAUUCCUGGUUGCCUCAUCCGCAUGCCCCCCGUCACUAUCUCCAACCUCAUUUUCUUCACCCUAUAUAUACUCACUUCCCUGUUCUAGUUUUUGUCACCUACACUUCCCACUCCAAAAAAAAAAGAAGUAUAGUAAGCAUUUCCACAUAAAUAUUCACUAUUAAUUCCCUGUUUUCUUAAUUUUUCUUGGUUUAUCUGAAACUUUAAUUUCAUCAAUGGCUGCUUCUGGAUUUGAAGGAUUUGAAAAGAGACUUGAGCUACACUUCUCCGGUGACGAUCCAGUGAUCGAAACGGGAGGUCUCCGACAACUAGAUUUUAAUUCCUUAGAGGAAGUAUUACAUGCUGUGCAUUGCACCUUAGUGGCAGCUGUUGGCAACCAAUUUUUCGAUUCUUACGUAUUAUCAGAAUCAAGUCUCUUUGUAUACCCAACCAAAAUAAUCAUCAAAACAUGUGGAACCACCCAGCUGUUGAAAUCUAUUCGUCCGUUUAUCCACUUUGCAGGUCAAAUGGGACUUAUUAUAACAGAAUGUAGGUACACAAGAGGAAAUUAUAUUUUCCCGAAAGCUCAACCUUAUCCUCAUACAAGUUACAAAGAAGAGGUUAUUUACUUGCAGGACCAAUUGCCUAACCAUCUUUGUUACAGAAAAGCAUCUGUUAUGCCUUCAAAAUUCACUUCCCAUUCAUGGCAUGUUUUUUCUGCUUGUGAUAAGUUUUACCCUAUUCCAAUUCUUAAUGAUCUGUACACUCUGGAAAUUUGUAUGACGGAUCUUGAUCAGGUACUAGCCCGAAAGUUUUUUAAAAAUUCGGAUACUACUGGAAAACAGAUGACGGAAGUGACUGGAAUUGGAGAAAUCAAUCCUAAUGCCAUGAUAUGUGAAUUUGCAUUUGAUCCUUGUGGAUACUCCAUGAAUGGGAUUGAUGGAGAUCGUUACUCUACGAUUCAUGUAACGCCUGAGGAUGGUUUUAGUUACGCUAGUUAUGAGUGCAUGGGAUCAGUUUAUGAUGACAUUGAUCGGAUUUUGCAGAAGGUGGUUCAGGUUUUCCGACCAGGGACGAUGUCGGUGUCGAUCACGUGUACGAGCAGCAGCAGUGGGAUAUGGAACAGAGUUGUUAAAGCCGUCGAGCCAUUAGGGAUGAAAAGGCGGAGUUGCACGAUUGAUGAAUUCCCAGCUGCUGGAAUUGUGGCGUUUCAAACUUUUACGUCGAUGGGAAAUAGGUGAAUUGUAAUAUUGAUGAAUACAUUGAGUUUAAAUUCUGAAUUGGUAUAGGUUAAAGAUGGUGUAAGUGGGAAAAGGUUUGAAAAAGUAUAUGGUGGAAGUAAAGGACCACUUUUUUUAUUUAAUGUUAAUUAUUUA